UGAGAGAAACUCCUUCUUUAGACUUCACUCGUCCACCAUGGCGGUGUUUUCGUCUCUUACUCCGGUGUUCGUUGCGGUUUUGUGUGUGGUUAUCGGGUUUCUCUUCAAAAAGUCCCAGAGGAGACAGACCAGAUCAAAGCAGGAGCGUUCAGAUCAGACAGCCAAACCAUGGGUGGACGAGGAUCUGCAGGAUGAUACAGAAAUCAGCAGUAAACACAACGAGGAGGAUGAUGAUGAUUGGCUGGACACAACAGAGGAAGAAAACCUAGCCCAUAUUCCAUACACACCAGCUCAGUACUCUGCUACUGAGAUGCUGGAACGAUCUGAGAAGUUCUACUCGCUCAUGAAUCUGAGACGGUCUGUUCGCUUCAUCAGUCCAGAACCGGUACCAAAAGAAGUGAUUGACAAUGUCAUACGCACUGCAGGCACUGCACCUAGCGGAGCUCACACUGAGCCCUGGACGUUUGUGGUGGUGUCUGAUGCAGAUGUCAAACACAAGAUCAGAGAGAUCAUUGAGGAGGAGGAGGAGAUCAACUACAAGCAAAGGAUGGGAGACAAGUGGGUCCAAGACCUGAAGAAACUGAGGACAAACUGGGUGAAGGAGUAUUUGGAUGUGGCUCCGUAUCUGAUUCUAGUGUUUAAGCAGACAUAUGGAAUUCUGCCCAGCGGCAAGAAAAAGACUCACUAUUACAAUGAAAUCAGCGUGUCCAUUUCCUGUGGCAUUCUGCUGGCUGCUCUGCAGAAUGUGGGGCUGGUUACCGUGACAACCACUCCUCUGAACUGCGGCCCACAGCUCAGGUCCCUCCUCCAGCGGCCGGCCAAUGAGAAGCUUCUAAUGCUGCUUCCUGUUGGCUACCCUGCAUCUGACGCCAAAGUGCCUGACCUCAAACGCAAGGACCUUAAUGAAAUCAUGGUGACUGUGUGAGAUUAUCAGCUGCUAUAAACAAAUAUAGUGCCAUGAAAAGACCAACUUACAGACCAGUUUUGGAUAUAUAGAACCAAGUGCUAUUCAAAUCAGACCAAAUGUCCUCAUCUUACUGCUUUAUUUUUAUUAUACCUUACCAUAAAGGGAUGUUACAGUAAUAGUUUACAUAAGGACACAGUUCCUUUCACAUUUUGCAUGGCUCUGUUAAUGUACGCUUUACAUAUUCUGAAUUUGCUGUGAUUUAUGCAAAACAUUAAGUAAAGUACAUGUGUGUACUUUC